AUGGAGGAAAAUAGUGAAGCGACACAUCCUCCUGUGUAUGAGUUUUCAUACUCUCCAGAGCUGAACUUGCUGAUGGAUCACUUAGAUGAAAUCGCGUUUGAAUGCGAUGGUAAGGACCUGUUUGCCCUUGCAUCUAACAAGAUACAGCAGGAUCGAAGAGAUGUUGUGUUCAAUCCUUAUCCGGUUGGCAAGGUAUCGAAGGGAAGGCUUGAUGUGAAGUAUGGGCUUCUGAACGAGUACCUGUAUGAAAGCCAAGACUAUGCGCCUCAAAAGCUGCUGAAGGCACGCAGAACAAUCUGUGGGUUUGAAAUAUACAGUCUUGGCCAAGAUGUAGAGGAGUAUGUAGGAUGCCUCAAAUCGAAUCUUUUGGGCACAAGAUAUAAUUUAGAGCAAAAUGACGAAAAUGUGGUAGAAAUCAGGUAUGUGACGUCGGUAUUCAAGCGUAGGGGGCCAAGGGAGUUUUCUGUGUUGUUUAUGGGGAUGUCUGGAUCUACUGAUAGGCCAAUAGUGAUGAAAAACAAAGAGCCUUACUACAAUGUGGAAACCAACAGCUAUUCUUUGAACUUCAAUGGACGAGUGACAACACCAUCGGUAAAGAAUUUUCAGCUGGUGCAUCCGCUUGAACCCACAUAUGUGACAUUGACUUUUGGGAAGGUUUCUCGCUACAAAUACAUUCUUGACUAUGCAUAUCCGUGGACAGGCAUACAAGCAUUUGCAAUAGCACUUACUGCACUGGACUACAAGAUUGGAUGCGAUUGA